AUGGCAAAUCCGAUGACCCAACCGAUGGGCCAACCAGUCGCAGGGGGUGACUGGGAAAACGGUCUUUGCGAAUGUUCUUGCGGCAGCUGCAUCAUCGGUACCUGCGUGCCGUGCUUGCUCGUUGGCCGUACUUCGGAACGCCUAAGGGAUCCGUCCAUGAGAGAUCCUGAGAGCAUCAACGGCGAUUGCAUGAUCCAUGGCUUUCUGUCCGUCUUCACUGGCCUGGCCUGGAUUUUCACCAUGAUGAAACGGACCGAGAUCCGUGAACAGUUUGGCAUUCCUGGAAGCAGUUUCGGCGAUUGCUGCACAGCAUACUGGUGCCCGUGCUGCGCCGUCAUUCAGCAAGAUAACGAGGUCAAGUUUCGUCUUAAGCCUGUCGCGGACAUGACCCAGCAGCCAUAUCAACCUCAACAAGACCAGAUGGUCAUGCAGAAUAGCUUCGCAUCCGCACCACCAAAUUACACACCUGCUCCAAAUUAUCCACCUGCUCAAAAGUAG